AUGAGCCCUGUUACUAUAGCAACUUCCCAGGCACUCUAUGCCCCUCAAGCCAGGGAAGGGCUACAGUGGAGUUUCAAGAAUAGGUAAAGAGGAAGAGUCUGUAGACCCUUGGCUGGCCCUAGAAACCCCUCCCUGACUAACCACCCUGAGCCUGGGGGCCUGGGGAAAAGAAGAUGUAUGGGCGGCCCUGUUCAGCCAAGGGGGGACGAUCCACCCAGAGUGGGGCCCAGCUCAAUUUUAGAAUAUGUGCUGCCAAAAUGAGCACAGGGGGUUCCAGCUCAAACAAAGGCAGUGGGGUGGUCCAGCCCAGUGUGUGUUAAGUGUGUUAAGACUGGGGGUUGAUUCAGCUCAGUGAUGGAGUCCAGGUCAUAAUGGGUGAUGGUUCAGUACAGAAUGGGGGUCCGUCCGGCUGGGGAGUGAUCCAGUCCAGAAGAGGGGUCCCAUUCAUCCAUGUCCCAAACAAGUUUCAGAGGGCUGAGUGUUGCUGGACUUGUUGUCCGCAGCGUCUGAGGCUGGGCUCCUGCCUCCUGCUGUGGCCCUGGCUUUUGGACGGGUGUCUGAGGUUCCUUCUGUUAGCCCAAAUAGAAUCCAGACCAGAGUGGAGGCUGGGAACCACCCCUCCAUCCCCCGUAGGAGACAUGGCAAGGGUGCGGGUUUCAUAAGCCAGCAGCUGGCUGGGUUUCCCUUCUCUGCCACUUCCUGUUGUCAGGAGGGGCCACGGGUGCUGGGCACUUUCAGAGAAGCUUCCACUGACCCUCCACUUUAUUUGGGAUGUGGAAAGAAGGAGGAAGAUGGUCAAGGCUGCCUCCCCCUCCCCCCACUCCUAGGUUUAGUCUUUCGUUUCCGGUUGGACUUUUGUGGCUGAAAGCAGAGCCAAGCACAGGACAAGGUUUGACAGGCCAAGGACAUCCCGCGAUGUCAGUCCCCUCUCUGCCCCCACACAGGAGCAAGAUAAAUCCAGAUAUACCCAUUUUUCUCUUGGGGCAGCAGGAAUUGGGGGCUCCAGAUUCAAAGAGCACUUAGGGGAGGAGAUAGGGUGGCUCUUGUGUCUGCCCCGCCCCCCCCAAUCAUGCCUUUCUCUCCCAUCCGCUCUUUCAGCUAAUUAACGGGGCUCUGGGGCUUCUUUGGCCCCCCAGGGAGCCCCUUGCUGCUGCCUAGGCCUGAACCUUAACUCCUUCCCCUCUGCCCAGUGAGCACUGCCCUGGGCACAUCCGGUGUCAUCCGUUGGGUAGUUCAGCACCCACUGAGGAAGGCAGGACCUGGUGUCUUGGGAGCAGUGAAGUCCCUGGAACAGGAAGUUAGCUUUAGCACUCCACCCCUGGGGCAGCCAGGCCAGCCAGAAGGGACACCCUCAGGAGAAUCUUCCCACUGCCUUCUGCCAAGGAGGGCCUUUGCGAACCCUGGCCAGCUGGGAGCAGGCACCUUUAAAUGCUUCCCUGGCAACCAGCUCCUCCUCCCUGGUCCCCUGAGGCCCUCCAGAGGAAGCCAGCUCAGAGGCUUUGCGUAUUCCUGGUUUCCCCGCAAAGGGAAGGUUCCAGGGAGAGCUCAGGGCAGCCUGGGAUGGAUGUGGGGUCAGGCAGUAGUCAGGGCAGUGACUCGGAGACCACCUUCCAGCUGUGGCUGCAGCUGCUCCUCUGGGCCCACCUGACUAUCCGCUUUCUGGCCUACCUGCACCGCACCUUCUGGGUACCUAAGCCGUAGCCAGCACCCUGAGCCUCCCUGGCCAGGGCUUGAUGGGUCUCAGAUCACCCUAUCCCUCUGCACCCCCCCAUUGCACCCUCUGCUGGAAGAGGUAGGAAGCAGAGGUGAGUAUGGGGGCUCCUGGCUGGGGUUCCCCAGUUAUUAUCCCUCUUUAUCUGCGCAUUCCUGGCACCAUCCCCUCCCUUCCCCACUGUGCCCAAAUCUGGCAAGCCAGUGGCACCAGAGGGGACACAGUCUGGGCCCUUUAGUUCUUUGAGAGUCUAGAGAAGAGCUGUACUAGGACCAAGGCUCCCGUAGAGCCUCUCAGUGGGGAACCAGCAGACAGCCAGAGGCAGGCUCACUGAGUCAGGAAAAAGCAGAAUAUGGUAAUUCUCAGGAAUGGCUGAGAGCAAACGGGGAAGCAGGACCAGGCAUUUUCCUGGAUUCUUCCCACAUCCCUUUCUUCGCCCUCUUGGGCAGGCAAAGGUACCCAAAGGUGAUGGGUACCCUCUCCCCCACCACCUUCAUUCAGAAUUCAGUGUGUAUCUUUGGAGGUUUUCAAGGAAGGUGUUCUGCUUCAGAAGAGAUUGUACAGGCGAAAGCAUUGGACUUGGUGCAGCCCUCAGGCUCAGAGAGAUCUGGAGCAGCGGACGGCCCAGCCAGGCACCAGCCUAGGACUCGUGGCCGUUCCUUGACUGCCCCCUGGCUGCCCAGUCCCCCAUGUGAGGGUUUUCCUGACCGACAGUCUCGCCUCCAUCUGCCACUCCUGCAACCCCAUGGAAGGCUCAUCCCUCCAAACACUGAGGCGAGUCUUGGGGACGGUGGGAGUGGCAGCCACCCCUGAGGCUAUGUGGAAUUUCUGGCGGUAUGUCUGGGUAGUCCAGGCAGGUGACAGACAAGGCCUGAGUGCAAGCCUACACAACCCCUCAGGGUAGCAGGUGUCGCAGGAACAUCAGGAGGCAGAAGACAGCUCGGUCUGUGGGCCGCCCUGGUGCACUGCUAUCCGGCAGCAGCGAAACACUGAGUCUUGUGGGCAGUGAGGUCCGGCAGGCCACUUCGGGCCUGGUCAGUCUUCCCAUCUGUACAAGGAGAGGAACAGCAGGUCUGACCCAUCACGGUAGGAAUCAAGCACAGAGAGCAUUCAGCAAAGGACUGGCACACCGGAAGGGUCCCUGAAGAGCGUGCCUGGCCCCAGGGGUAGUUACAAGGAUGGGUCUGUAAUGUGAGAAUCCACCAGGCUGUACAUUUAAAGUUUGAGAGGCCAGUGUACCCGCCCCCCAGUAUUUCAUACCUCAAUUUUCUUAAGUACUUAAGAACAAGAUCAGUAAUUGCCAUUGAUGUGGCAUUAACCCCAUACCAGCCACUGUCCAAUCCUUUUUGCCAAGGUUAAUUCAUUCAUUCCUCACAACCACCCUACUAGGUCGUUACUAGUAUUACCCCCACUUUCCAGUUGAGGAAAACUGAGGUCAGGUCAGUAGCCUAAGGUUGCACAGCUCAUCAGAGACCAGACCGGGAUUUGAACUUGAUCUUGUCCCAGUGUUCCAGCCCUUAGCUGCUUUACUGGACUCCUUCUCGGCUUUGGCAAGAAGGCCUUUUUUCCAGCCUCAGUUUCCUAGGGCUUUAAAUGGGAAGGAUGAAUAAAAGGAAAGUUGGUAGGCGAACCAAGUGAGCAGGCGCGUACGCCAGGAGGUCUUCACUGCUAGCUGGAUGGUGAUGUUCACCGUGGGGUGCUGAAGGGCCCAUAGGGUAUGGGCAUCGGGCAAGGCUCCCCUUGAACCAGCUCAGAGGAAGUUCCCCUGGACUGGCAAAGGCAGGAACGGGGCCAGCUGGGGGCCAAGGCAACAGCUGAGCCCCCCAAGGGCGCUUGCUACCCGAGCCCCAGAGGCCUCCACCCAGGGCCCAGCCUCCCCAGAGAAGGGGCUGGAGGAGCAGCCAAAUCCCCAGGCUAUAAAUAUCUUGGUUGGCGUCGGCCCUGGCCGUGGAAUGUCGGUCAGAACUGGAGCGAGUGGGGGUGGGCUGGCCUGUGCGUCACUCUCUGUACCCCUAAGAGUAACCCCUGAGUCACCUUGCACCCCAUUUGGGACGGAGUUGAGUCUGUAUCCCACUUCUCCGAGUAAAGGCAGGCCCCAGCCCGGAUCAGGGUCCCCCAAAGCUGCCCUCCAGCUCAGCCGGGGUACCUGAAGCUGCUGGGAUAAGGGCAGUCUCUGGGCUGAGACAGCUACACCCCACUUUGCACAAAUGAGCGUUUCCCCAGGAAUGGCUUCGGCCCACCCCGACCAGAUGGGGUUUCUAACCAAUGUUCUCUCUGUU